UAUAUCAAUCGCGUUAUAUCAUUAUGCGAGUCACGGAAAGGUUUGGGGAGAUUGUACGUUGAUUCAUUCAAUUAAUUGUAAUAGCAAUCAUGUAUUUUCAAUCGAACAAUACUAUCCAUUAAUAGAAAUAAAAUUCGUUUAGUGUGUAUUUUUAAUAUUUAGUAAAAAGAGAAAUAAAUGAACACAGUAUAAUGGAUGGCGAUUAUUAUUCAGCUCUCUAUACUUGGUUUGAAAAAUGUGGAAUAAUAUCAAACGUUCGGACCCAUCUCCGUCAAAACCUUGUAAAUGCUCUGAAGAGCAAGGAUACUACUCUGAGCAAGGACAAUACCUCGCCAAAAUCAGCAAAACAAUAUGUUUAUGAUUUGCUCAUCGCUGAAUAUUUAUGGAAUCAUAGUUACACAUAUACAUUGUCAGUAUUUGCCAGCGAAGCUCCCCUGCUCGUCAAUUUUUCCAAAAACUUGCCCAACUCUGACAGUCCUGACCGAAAAGAGAAGCUGCAGAAUGACUAUGUGCAACAUACACUUGAAACCUUAGGAAUUCAGCCCCAGGACUUGGUCGGCCAGCACGUCAUAAAAGAAUACACGGAUGUUGAUACUCCACUUUUGCUUGCAAUUCUCAAAUGCUUGAGUCAGUCACUGUUUAAUGCCAAAGAUCAAAACAACCUUGACCGUUCAGGGCAGAGUAGCAAACACAACUGCGAAACACAGACGGAUGGAAAUUACAAAAGUUCAUUAGAAUAUUCCAAAUUGGCAAUGGCUAAAAAAAAAUUAAUUCAACAGAAAGAAAUAUUUGCAGCUGAAUUGACUCAGAAAGAAGAUGAAUUGAGAAGACAAGCUUCUGUUAUGGAACUACAAAUGACAACGCUCAAUGACAAACUAGCCAGAGCUCAGAAUUUGAUGCAUUUGGUGAAUCUCAAGGAGAAAAAGUUGUCCGAGGACAAAAAAGAAGAUGAUCGCCGGAUUUAUCGUCGAGAGAUUGAAUUGUCAACGAAAGAAGAUUUACUCGUUCGAGAAGCAGAGAGAUUACAGAAGGAACGGGACAGUUACAGAAAAUUUGAGAGUGAUUUGAAGAAGCUUCAAGACGAAUUGACAAAAGUAAAGAAAGAACUUCCAACUCGUGAAUCCGAUCGGAAUUUGAGUUAUAAAGACAUGCAAGUGCAGACCGAUACGAGUCCUGUAGACUCAGAAAAGGCGACAUUAAAUCGUGAACGAGACGAGCUGAUGAGUCUAAUAAGGGUACAGCAAUCACGAAUAGAGGAAUUAACAAAACGGACUGUUUCACUAUCGCGACAACUCGAAGAGGCACAAAUAACUAAGAGACCAUCUAUUGAGAUUCCAACAACGGUAGUAAGAUUUUCAAAAACAAGCACUUUUUUGAGUGAAUCGAGUUCGACUGAGGAUAUCUUACAUGAUGCGAAAAUGCGGCUCCGUCGUUUGGAGGAAGAAAGUCUCAAAGCGGAUCAGUGUUAUUUUAACUGUAUAACAACGUCUCCGUUAUGACGUAUAAUCAUAUGAAUAUCACAAUUUUCAUGUCAUUAGAAGCAUUACGAAACAAAAAAAUACGAAAACCGUCCAAAUAUUUGUCGUGUGUACCUGAUUUUUAUUUUUAUUUUCUCUAUUUUUUGGAACAAUACUCAUGGAAAUGUAAUCAACGCCUUUUUUUGUACGUUUUAUUGUAUAAAAUUGGAUGUAAUACUUGAUAUAAAAUGUAUUCACUAUUGAUCUUUAUUAUUUUGAAUUCUAUUUUAAUUACAUACAACAUUCAAUCAAACGUAUCAUAUAAAAUGUAAGUCAAAUUCCAUUCGUCGUUUUGUAACAUCAUCUUCGUUUUGGAUCCGAACUUCUCCUAGUACACCAUAGUUAAGGAAAUCAUGUGAACAACUAUUUAUCCGACGGAUUAAAAGCAAAGAUCGAUAGUUUAGAUAAAUAAUAAAUUGUUAGUCAAAAUCA